AGCGCUUUAACGCGUUAACUUUGGUCAUCUCUUAAUUAAUCAAACUUCUCUCCCGCCAAAGUUCCAAUGCAUUUGCUCACUUGAUCAAUGGUCAUCACCACCCGUCUGAAGAAACUUCCUUCCAAACUACUCUUCUCAAGAAAUCAUCCCUUUGCGUCAUUUUCUCAAACACUUUCCGCUCGCUCCAAUUUGCCCCACUACAAAGACAACCCAGACAAGGCCAAGGACAACUGGAACACCAACCAUUCUUUUGUCCUCUCAAACCCGAUUCUUUCACUCCUUGAAAAUAAAUGCAAGUCCAUUUCUCAACUCAAGCAAAUCCAAUCCCAAAUGAUCAUCACUGGCCUCAUCUCAGAUGGGCUGGCGUCGAGUCGUUUGAUUGCAUUCUGUGCUCUCUCAGAAAUGGCUGAUCUUUCUUACUGCAAAACGUUGUUAUGCAGUUUGCAAAACCCAAAUGCAUUUUCUUAUAAUGUUUCUAUUAGAGCUUUUUCUGACGGUGAGAACCCAAUUGAAGCUUUUAUUUUAUACAAGCAAAUGUUGUGUGCUUGGAGUAAUAGUGGUUUAAGGCCUGAUAAAUAUACUUUUCCUUUGUUGUUUAAGACAUGUACUAGAUUAUCAUUCUUUUAUUUGGGUUUUGAGAUUCUUGUUCAUGUUAUUAAAUUGGGUUAUGAGAGAAACAUUUAUGUGCAUAAUGCUUUAAUUCAUUUCUUGGCGUCUUUUGGGGAGUUGGACAUUGCACGUAUGGUGUUCAAUGAAAAUUGCGUGAGAGACUUGGUUUCUUGGAAUUCCUUGAUUAAUGGGUAUGUCAAGAGCGGGAAAGCACACAAAGCUUUGAGGAUUUUUAGGGAAAUGGAGACGGAGGGAGUCAAGCCAGACGAGGUUACUAUGAUUGGAUUGGUUUUGUCAUGCGGGCAGUUGGAGGACUUAGUGCUUGGGAGAGAAUUUCAUCAGCGCAUUGAGGAGUAUGGGCUGAAUUUGACCGUGCCUCUAGGUAAUGCUCUUAUGGACAUGUAUGUGAAGUGUGGGGAACUUGAUGAAGCAAAGGCUUUGUUUGAUAGGAUGGAGAAGAAGACCGUGGUUAGUUGGACGACCAUGGUUGUGGGAUAUGCAAAGAUGGGGCUUUUGGACACUGCUAGAAAGCUUUUUGAUGAGAUGCCUGAGAAGGAUGUUGUUCCUUGGAAUGCUUUGAUUAGUGGUUACGUCCAAAUCAAACAUUGUAAGGAGGCAUUGGCUUUGUUUAGUGAAAUGCAAGCCAUGAAUGUUAUGCCUGAUCAGGUGACCAUGGUUAGUUGUUUAUCUGCUUGCACGCAGAUCGGGGCACUUGAUGUUGGAAUUUGGCUUCAUCGGUAUAUUGAAAGGAAUAACAUCUCUAUAAAUGUUGCUUUGGGGACUGCUUUGAUAGAUAUGUAUGCAAAAUGUGGCAACAUCAGUAAGGCACUUCAGAUUUUUAAAGAGAUGCCGGCAAGAAACUCAUUAACUUGGACAGCUAUAAUAUGUGGUUUGGCUUAUCAUGGGGAUUCCAGUGAUGCUUUAUCCCACUUCUUUGAGAUGAUUCAAAUUGGACUGGUCCCAGAUGAAGUUACAUUUCUGGGUGUCUUGUCAGCUUGUUGUCAUGGAGGUUUGGUUGAAGAAGGUCGCAAGAUUUUUGCACAGAUGAGCUCCAAGUUCAACAUUCCUCCCAAACUUAAACACUACUCUUGCAUGGUUGACCUUUUGGGUAGGGCUGGUCUACUGGAAGAGGCUGAAGAGCUUAUUAAGAGCAUGCCAAUGGAAGCUGAUGCUGUGGUGUGGGGAGCAUUAUUUUUUGCAUGUCGAAUUAAUAAAAAUGUCGAAAUGGGGGAGAAAGCUGCUAUGAAGCUUCUAGAACUGGAUCCUCAUGAUAGUGGAAUCUAUGUCCUGCUUGCAAGCAUGUACAUCGAAGCAAAUAUGUGGCAUAAGUCCAGGGAGGUUAGGAAGAUGAUGAGAGAAAGAGGUGUUGACAAGACACCUGGCUGCAGUUCAAUAGAGGUCAAAGGUGAUGUUUGGGAGUUCAUGGUCAAAGAUAAGUCACAUCCUCAGUGUGAUGAGAUCUACCAAUGUCUUAUGGAAUUAAAGAGACAGAUGGAGCUUGUCGAAUAUUCAGUUGAUGUGCCUCUCCCGGAAUAUGACCUCCUUAUUAGCUCUAAUAGCUGCUGCUGAGUCAACUGAGAAGGUUGCAGAGAAGGCAAAGUUGAUUAGGAAAAAAUUCGGAAACAUUUGUGAUCCGAAUGGAGUUAAUUCUUGAACCGGUUGCAUCCUCAACUUGGUCAGAUCUACAAUUGUUCUACUCAGUCAACAAGAUGUCUGGAGGUUGCUUAGCUUAUGUCUAAUAUUAGACAUUCUCUGGAGAUAAUCCCAUAUUUGGCUCUGUCUGUGGCUGCAAAAUUUCAAUGACCAGGUCUGUUGGAAAACAGAAACUCAUAUCCCAUACUUGUUCCCAAAUUUUAAUCAGCAAUAACUUGGCAUGCUGUUCUAAGUAUAAUCAGUCACAGACAGAGGUAAUCAGACACCAGAUCGAUUCAAUUGUCUGAAAUAGAAAGGUAUCUGGUAACAUGUUCAUUAUUAUUGUGAUUCAUUGUUACUAAUUUGUCUAUUUCUGCUAAACUGGCUCUAAUACUGAAGAACGAGUUAGCCAUCUUUUACACAUUCAAUUUCCUGAUGUAUGUAACUUGAAUUGAUGUUUCAACAAAUUCCAGUUACA